CUUUUUAAGUGUUCACGGGCCACGGCGUGCUGUUGCUAUAGAGACACACAGAGCGCGCACAGAGACGCGCUUGGUAACAAUGUUGAAUGUAACAUUUACUUAACAUUCUGUUGAUUUUAAACAUCGACUACAGGUUCAUAAUGUCAUGCACCCUGGCCAAGGAAAGGCUUGAAGUUUUGCAGAUCUACCGGCUGCUUCAGUGCGUCCAGGAUGGAGAUAAGCCGUACAUAGAGAAAUUAAUCAGCAUGGGUGUUGAUGACCUCAUCAAUCUCACAGAGCCACACGAGGGGAAUGGUGUCCUGCACCUGGCGUCGGUGGCCAACAAUCCUGACAUGCUGGAGUUCCUCGUAGCUCAGGGUGCCUGUCCAGACGUGCAGGACAGGAGGGGGCGGACACCGCUGAUGCUGGCCGCAGAGCUCGGAUAUGACGGUAUCGUGUCUCUACUGGCCAAGAGGAACGCAGACAUGAAACUUGUAGACAAAGAAGGGAAAGGCUUGCUCUUCUACUGCAUCCACCCUACCAAAAGGCACAUGCGCUGCCUCCAGGUGGCCCUUACAGGCAAUGCAGAUGUCAACAAUGUUUCAGAAGCUGGGAUGCCAGUGUUCCUGCUGGCCUGUGAGCAAUCUCAGGACUGUGAGGGAAUGUGUCUCAGUAUCCUAGAGAGAGGAGCAGACCCCAAUGCUACAAAUCAAGAAACAGGUCGGACAGCUCUGAUGGAGGCCACCAGAGCGGGAGCAAUAGAUCUCGUGAGAGCCAUUCUCAGAAAAGGAGGAAACGUCAAUGCUCUGGAUAAAAAGCGAUUCCACUCAGCUCACUUUGCGGCUGAAAGAGGCUUCUUUGAAAUCAUUAAGGUGCUGUCUGCAUAUGCAGCAGAUUUUGGAGUAGUAACAACAGAGGGGGAUACACCGUUGCACUUUGCUGCCUCUGGUGGCUACACAGAUUGCUGCAGGUUUCUAGCUCAAAGAGGAUGCAAUCCCAAAUUGAAGAACCAAGAAGGUCUGCUUCCUCGUCAGAUUGCUAAGGACUGUGGCCAUAAAGCCACUGUAAAAGAGCUUAAGAAGGCUGAACGACUAUAUGGAAAGUUCUCAAAAGGGAUGGGCGGCACAAAUGAACCAUGGGCUCUGACACUUCACGACUGGUCUCAUGAAAACGAAAAUGCGCUAAGAAGUGCUUUCGAGUCUGCGUCAGAUGGCAUUAUGGGAAUAGAGGUGGUGUCCAGGGUGACAUUUGUGUCUGUUCUUCAGGAACUUCAUGUUCCUCUAGAUGAUGACCAAAUUCACACUCUUCUGCUUGCUCUGGAUAAGAGAAGAGAGGGCUUUAUAAAUAUAAAUGACUUUCUAAGAGGUCUCAAAUAUCUUCCAAAGAUAUAUGUUAUGGCAUCUUAUGGGUCUAAGAAGAAGAAGGCAACCAAGGCAGGAAAGGCCAAAAAGACUAAGUUCAAUCCACCCAUGCCCAUCUGCACCGUCCCACCUGAUCUCAUUCAUCGGCGUGAUGAUGGUGGGCCACCGCAUUUUAUGAUUGAAAGCUACCAGCAUGCUACAGAUACUCACAGAUAUGACCGGGACCAUCGACCAGGACAUCCUAUUGAGGAUGAUACAUCGUGGUACAUCGAAGAGCCCGAAAAGAUAUACAUAAACAUGAACUACUGUGCUAAAACAGGAGAUAUUGAGUCUCUUAGGUUAGCACUCAGCCAAAAGGUUCCAGUAGAUGUGAAAGAUCGCUUCUACAAGACACCACUCAUGGCUGCAUGUGCAAGUGGGAACCAUGAAGUGGCAAAGUUCCUCCUCGAUAAUGGGGCUGACGUGAAUGCAUGCGAUCAGUUCAGCUGGACUCCUCUGCACCAUGCCUGUCAUGCAGGACAGCUGGACAUCAUACAGUUGCUGGUGGAGGCGGGAGCUUCUGUGGACCCGCCCACCCUCAAUGGAGCCACUCCUCUAAUGAGAGCCAUUGAGAGCUGUAGGCCGUCCUGUGUGGAGUACCUCAUCAAAGCUGGGGCAAAGAUCAAUGCAGUAAAUAAGACAGAGCAAAAUUGCUUGGACGUUGCCCAUGCUUAUGCAGACUUCAGAGUGGUGGAUUUGGUCCAGGCUAAGAUUAAUAUGCAACCCAGACCUAAGGACAACAAGAAGCCACAGCCUGUCAAAGUCCACCGCAAACCUACACCAGCCUCAACCCCUGGCUCUACAAAAGAAAAGCAGGGCACCGUUCCCACUCCCACAGCCUCCUCAAACUCAGCAGUCAAGAAAGCAAUGAAGAAAGACAGUGUUAUCGUGCACAGCACUCAGAUCACCAGCGGCAAGCUCAACAAAUUGGACAUCAGUUUUAUGCCAAGAACGACGUGGCAAAAUCAGCUGACCACCAGCGAGCUGAUUGAGAAGAAGGCAAGGAGGAGGCAGCGUUUCAGUUUUGAGGUGGAUUUUGAUGACUUCAAGAUGCCAUUCAAUAAAAACAUUCAGAAGAAGUCCAUGGAGUUUGACCUUACUGACUGAAAGGUUUUACAAAGCAAUGUCACAAUCUUUCCAAGUACCUCCUGGAACAUGUUUAAAUAAUGGUUGGGAAUCACUGCUAUACAGCAACAUAAAGCAGGAAGGGAAGCGUCACGAGUGAAUUGAAGUAUCAUUCAUCAAAUUCGUGCACAUUAUGACACAACAUGGCUUGAGGACACCCGCUUUCACCUCUUCACAGGCUUUCUACAUGAACGUGAGCAUCUCUGAGAGAAAAAAAACAAAAAAAAAACGCAGCUGCAGGUGACGCAUGGGAAGAGAACCCCCAUGUUUCCAUGGCAACAUGCAGGUGAAGGCAUCAAGGACUAAUCUAGUGUUCCAUCUAUAAAGCUUAAGCGUUGUUACACUAGUCUUCGCUUAAAUCCAUCACACACACUCAUUCACCAUUACCUGUGUUCUGCUGAUGUCACCAACUAAGCCUGAAAUGAUAAUGAUCACAGGUUUGCCUCACCAACUAGAACGCUGCACUACUCACAGCGGAGGGGGAGAAAAAGAGAAUGAGAAAGACAGAGCAGUUAUUGCACCAUGUGUACGAGCCCUGAAAGACUGAUAGCUUUAGCGGAACUCUGCAAUCUUCCCCACUUCCAAUCUAUUUUCCAAACAAUAACACACAGAUGCUAAAAAGAAAGUGCAAUCAACUGAAAACUUUCAUGCUGUAGCAAGCUGCAAAUCUGCAUGGUCUAAAACUGUUUAUGUCCUGAUGUCCUUAUUUUGAAAGUGUGGUCAUUACGUCUGCUCACUGGACACAUCAGAUGUAGUCAUGCAGUAAGAGCAACUCAGCUGUUCCACAGUUCUUCCCAUGAUGCAAAUGAGCAAGUGCAUCACUGCAAAAAUCAUUGUUUUAAUUAGUAUUUUUGUCUUGUUUUCCAGUAAAAAUCUAAACAUCCUUUGAACAAUAUUGUAUUGAGAAUGUCUUUAAAAUCCCAAAUCAGUUUCUGAAUUUGAAUUGAGGUAGCAAACAGAAGGUGGAAUUGCAAUUGAAUAUAUAAGUAUUUAUACACAGAUGAGCAAAAACAAUAUUUUCACCUGCCUAACAUGCUGUUGGUCCUCCAUGUGCCACCGAAACAGUGCCGACCCGCCAAGGCAUGGACUCCAGUAGACCCCUAAAGGUGUCCUGUGGUAUCUGGCACCAAGACGUUAGCAGCAGAUCCUUCAAGUUCUGGUUGCAAGGUGGAGCCACCAUGGAUUGAACUUGUUGGUCCAUCACAUCCCACAGAUGCUCAAUUGAGAUCUGGGGAUUUUGGAGGCCAGGGCAACACCUUUACCUCUUCAUCAUGUUCCUCAAACCAUUCCUGAACAAUGUUUGCAGUUUGGCAGGGUGCAUUAUCCUGCUAAAAGGGGACCCUUCCACCAGGGAACACCAUUGUCAUGAAGGGUAUACCUGGUCUGCAGCAAUGUUUAGGUAGAUGGCACAUGUCAAAUUUAUGUCCACAUGAAUGGCGGACAAAGGAUUUCCCAGUAGAACAUUGCACAGAGCAUCACACUCUCUCUGCCGGCUUGCCGUCAUACCACAGUGCAUCCUGGUGCCAUCACUUCCCUAGGUAAACUGUGCACACUUACAUGGUCAUCCACGUGAUGUAAAAGAAAACAGGACUCAUUGGACCAGGCGACCUUCUUCUACUGCUCCAAGGUCCAGUUCUGACGCUCGCAUACCCAUUGUAGGCGCUUUCUAUGGUGGACAAAACAAUCAUUUAAAUGCAUCGAUGAGCCUUGGGUGCCCAACACCCUGUCGCCGGUUUGUCCCUCCUUGGACCACUGUUGGUAAAUUCUCACCAUUGCUGACUAGGAAACCAUUUCAGAAAUACUUUGACCCAUCAUUAACAGCGAACGGGUUAUCCUGGUAUAUUUUUCUGUUUAUAUGAAAAAUAACAUAGAAUCAGCAAUAUGGUGGGUGUAUGAUGUUUAUUACGAUGUUAUGAUGAACUAUAUGCCUUUCUCCACUGACAUUGUUCAAAGCGUUUGUAAGGAUACUGAUUGUUAGAAGUCAGCUGUCUGACUCUGAGAUGACGAACGGGAACAUG